AUGGCAGGAAUAAUGGUGAGCGCUUCUACCGGGGUAAUGAACUCUCUUCUGGGUAAGCUGGCCACCCUGAUGGGGGACGAGUUCGCCAAGCUAAAGAACUUGAGGAAAGAGGUCAAGUACAUCAGGGAUGAGCUGAGCAGCAUGAAGGAUGCUCUGGAGAGCCUUGCAUAUGUGGACGAGCUAGAUAAACAGACCGCGGGGUGGAGGGACGCGGUCAGGGAGAUGUCUUAUGACAUCGAGGAUAUCAUCGAUGACUUCAUGUGCAAAGUUGGGGAGAAAAGUAAGAAAUCUGGUUUCGUCCACGACACCAUUCAACGCCUCAAAACGUCGAGAGCCCGCCAUCAGAUUGCUGGCCAGAUUGAGGGGAUCAAGAAACUCGUGCGCGAAACAAGUGAACGGCGUGAAAGAUAUAAGCUCGAUGUCCCCAGACCAGGCAAUGUGGCAGUUGACCAACGAGUUGUGGCACUCUAUGAAAAUGCAGCUAAACUUGUUGGUAUCGAGGGCCCAACCAACGAGCUUGUCGGUUGGCUAAACGGUGAGGAGAAGCAGUUGAAGGUUGUAUCAAUUGUUGGUUUCGGAGGUUUGGGUAAAACAACACUUGCCAAUCGGGUAUACCAUAAGUUGGACAGGGAAUUUCAAUGUGGUGCAUUUGUGCCGGUGUCUCAAAAGCCAAAUAUGUCGAAACUUCUUCAUAGUUUAUUAACCCAACUUGGGUGUGGACAACCUUUUCAUGACUGUGAGUUAAAUGUUCUUCUCGACCAAGUCAGAGAAAAUCUAAAACAGAAGAGGUACUUGGUUAUCAUCGAUGAUCUAUGGGAUGUAUCAGCAUGGAAUAUUAUUAAAUGUGCUUUUCCAGAAAAUAAUCUUGGUAGUAGAUUAAUAGUAACUACAAGAAUCAAGACUCUGGCUGAGGCAUGUUGUUUUGGUCACCACGAGCACAUUCUUGAAAUGAAACCUCUUAGUGAAGAAGACUCAAGGAAACUGUUCUUGGGUAGGAUAUUUGGCUCUGAAGAAGCUUGUUCAGGUCAACUCAGAGAUGUUUCAGUUGAGAUUCUCAAGAAAUGUGGUGGUCUGCCACUUGCAAUCAUUAGCAUAUCCAGCCUAUUAGCAAGUGAAAGUUCCAACCAAAAGGAAAGGUGGAAAGAUGCACAGAAUUCUUUGGUGUCAGUAUCGGGCACAAACCUCACCUUGGAAUCAAUGAGACAGAUCUUGAACCUUAGCUACAAGAAUCUUCCUCACCACCUAAAGACAUGCUUCUUGUAUCUUGGUAUGUUCCCCGAGGACUCUGAAAUAUAUAGGCACGAGUUGCCUGUACAAAUUGACAUGCAUGGGUCAGUGAUAACUUGCAAAGUACAUGAUAUGUUGUUGGAUCUUAUCUUGUACAAAUCAGCAGAAGAGAAUUUUAUCACUGUAUUAGAAAACCCAGAGGCCAUUAUAGGACAGCUUCAAAAGCCCCGUCGAAUGCUCUUCAACUUGGAUGGUGCAACAUUGCCAAGGGACAUUAGUGACAAGCGUCUGAGAUGGUUUGACACGCUGCACACCUCAAUCGGCAGUAUCAAGGGACUAGGAGAGCUCACCAAUCUGAGAGUUUUGUAUCUCAGAACCGGUUUUUCUGAAGCUGUGGACAUGGAUGUUCUAAACUCUUCUUUGGGAAAACUUUGUAACCUGUACUCCCUGAACAUAUUUUCACCUGAUUCUUGGAUACCUGAGGCACUAACCUUGUCGCCUCCUCCCCCCAACCUCAUGAGUCUCUCCAUGAUGCGAAUAUCCCGGGUCCCAAACUGGAUUGGGGUACUCCAUAACCUCCAGAGCUUGCAUAUCAAUGUUGAUAAGCUAGAGAAGGAUGAUGUUGGUAUUCUUGCGGAGUUACCCGCCCUCAUCGACCUAGAAUUAACGUUCAAUAGAGCCCUGGAAGAAAGAAUUGUCAUCUAUGGGACAUCAUUCGCAAGCCUGAAGCGGUUUGUUGUCUACUGGAUUAUCAUGCCACACCUGACCUUCAGAGCUGGGGCAAUGCCUAAGCUCCAGAGGCUCUCUCUGCAUUUGAACGCCAGGGGGUGGAAGCAGGAUGAGAGCACCACACCUACAGUUUGGCUGUAG